UGUCGGUAACGGAGCGGCUGCGCACACACCUACACACACUCCUCUCUCUCUCUCUUUACAGUACCACACGCACACACACACACCGGAGCGGACUAGCGCACUGGGAAGAAGGGAGAGAAGAGAAACAGAGAGAGGCGACACAAGUCAGACCGGCUCGAGCAGGGGAAUGUGCUGGAUUCCGCUGCGCACACACCCGGGCUGUCCCGCACUGAGGGCUCCACUGCGUUAACGGGAGACGACACAGGGCUGAUACUCAGGCAGCGGGACCAGGACCAGAGAGGGACAAAGUAAAAAAAAAAAAAAAAUAGUCACCUGGCUGCGGAGGAAAUUAGAGAGGGACGGGAGUGGAGGAGGGCGGGAGGUGUACCCGCCUCACAGAGCCUUGUUCUGGGGGUAACGCCACUGCUUGCGCGCAACGGAGAGUAAGCGCAAAGUUUCCUCGAUGGCGCUGGUGAUGGAGCCAGUGAGCAAAUGGAGCACGAGCCAGGUGGUGGACUGGAUGAAAGGUCUGGACGACUGCUUGCAGCAGUAUGUGUGUGUCUUUGAGCGCGGAGGUGUUUGUGGGGAGCGACUGCUGAGGAUUAGCCACGCCGAACUUGAGGAGCUGGGAGUCUCUCGCAUCGGACACCAGGAGCUCAUUCUGGAGGCUGUCGACUUGCUCUGUGCCCUGAACUCAGGGCUGGAGACAGAGAGCGUCAGGACUCUGGCUCACAAGCUCGGUGCCUCGGCCAAGAACCUGCAGAACUUCAUUUCCGGCCGCCGCCGGAGCAGCCAAUCAGAGAGCAGGAGCUCGCGGCGCCUCCCCAAUGAUCUGCUGACCUCUGUGGUCGACCUCAUCACCGCCGCCAAGAGCCUGCUGGCCUGGCUGGACAGGUCUCCCUUUGCUGCAGUGGCAGACUACUCAGUAACCCGAAAUAAUGUCAUUCAGCUCUGCCUGGAGCUCACCACCAUUGUACAGCAGGACUGUACGGUGUUUGAGACGGAGAACAAAAUCCUUCAUGUGUGUAAGACUCUGUCGGAGGUGUGCGAGCACAUUGUGUGUGUGUCAUCGGACCCGCUGGUUUCGCAGUCAGCCCACCUCGAGCUGGUUCACCUCACCAACAUCAAGCCCUCUGAAGGCCUGGGAAUGUACAUAAAGUCAACCUACGAUGGACUCCAUGUUAUCACAGGAACUACAGAAGGGUCUCCGGCUGACCGCUGUAAGAAGAUCCAUGCAGGAGAUGAAGUCAUUCAAGUCAAUCAUCAGACCGUGGUGGGCUGGCAGUUACGUAACCUGGUCGGCUCGCUGCGGGCCGAUAAAGGCAUCGUGUCCCUGACCCUGAAGAAGCGUCCACAGAGCACGCUCAGCUCUGCCCCUGCGCUGCUGAAGAACAUGCGCUGGAAACCCCUGGCUUUGCAGCCGACCAGAAGCCCAGGCAGCAGUUCAGCCACGCCUUCAGGCACACCCACCAAGAACUCCGCCCUCCAGGACCUUUACAUCCCCCCUCCACCUGCUGAGCCAUAUACACCCAGAGAUGAGACAGGAGCCUUGUCUGGUGAUGAAGCAUCUCGUAACCAUGGUGGCGUCAGCGCUGCUAAGCGCUCUGAGUCACCGAACUCCUUCCUGGAUCAAGAGUCUCGCCGGCGAGAAGAGGAGGAGCCCGUGUACUGCACCACGCCCACAUACGGCAGGCUGAGGCCCAUCUCCAUGCCUGUGGAGUGUAACUGGGUGGGUGAUUAUGAAGACCCAGCCAAGCUUAACAGAGAAAGCCGCAGAGAAGCCUCGCUUAUGCGUUAUGUUGGACUGUCCGGCGGGGACGAACGGACCAGCGGUGAAGACUACUCCUCCCACACAGCUCGUCCGGGCAAACGGUCCAAUGAUACGGCCAAACGUGCAAAGAGGCGGAGCCACCACAGUCAAAGCCCCUCCCAUUAUGUCCUUCAGACAAAUCAGAGAGAGUCACCUCCCAGGGACCCAGCCUCCAUUUAUCAUACAUACCAACAGUCCUCCUCCUCCUCCUCCUCUCUGCAGUCAAAGAACAGGAAGAAGAAUAAAGGACGAAGUUUGGCCUCGCUGAGUCGGAGGCGUGUUUCCUGCAAGGCACUGGGCAGAGGAGACUGCGAGGGUUGGCUGUGGAGAAAGAGAGAUGCAAAGGGUUACUUUUCUCAAAAAUGGAAGAAGUACUGGUUUGUUCUGAAAGACAACUGCCUGUACUGGUACAUCAAUGAAGAGGAUGAAAAAGCCGAAGGUUUUGUCAGUCUUCCAGAAUUUAAGAUCGAUCGAGCCAGUGAAUGCCGCAAGAAGUAUGCUUUCAAAGCUUGCCACCCCAAGGUCAAGAGUUUCUACUUUGCAGCAGAUGGAGUGGAUGACAUGAACAGGUGGCUGAGUCGCCUCAACAUGGCUGCUGUAGGCUAUGCAGAGCGAGAGAGGAUACGCCAGGAGCAGGAUUACUGGAGUGAAAGUGAACAUGAGGAUGACGCUGCCUCCAGCCCCAAACAGGACAGUCCCCCACCUCCAUAUGACACCUACCCACGGCCUCCAUCAAUGAGCGCCUACUUGGAAGGAGGUCGGACCACUCGGCUGUCUUCCACAGAGACGUCUCGCUCUCGCUCAUCCCAAGAGGACUUCCUUUGUGGCGAGCCCCCUGCUGCAGCUGCAGAGCCGCAGUACCACCCUGGUCCUCUUGGGGGAGGCACCACACACAGUGGCAGAAAAGCAGGGGGCAGCAACAGCAGCGACGUACAGUACAGAUGUGAUCCUGUAGAGUACCGCUCCAGUCCUGCUGGGGGCAGUAGUGAGACAGGGUCCCCGGGCCGCUCUUCAUCGUCGCAGAGGCGCUCUUGGCAGGACCUGAUUGAGACGCCAUUGACCGAGGCUGGACUGCACUACCUUCAAACUGGACCACUUGAGGACGCCGUCUUUGCUGAGCCAGGCCCAGGUGGUGGCUCAAUGAUGGCCGGAGCCGUUUACACUCUUCCUGCUCCGAGGAAUGUCCCGUUGCCCAUGGCAAUGCAGAGGCUGAUUCCUAUGGCAACCCAGGGAGGGAAACCCCGCAGCUUCACACUGCCACGAGACAGCAACCUCCACACGCUCCUUGCACCGCCUGCGAAAGAAGAACAGCAAACACACAACGGUGGCAGUGAAGGUGCCUCGCUGGGCGACCUGUUUCGUGCGUGCGAGCAGGGUGGGGUCUGUCCUCUGGGUCGGGGGUCGGAGUCCAAAGCUCAGUCAGAGUUCAGGCAGUCAUUUCUCCGAAGGGCCGCUGACCCUCAUCUCAACGAGCGCCUGCACCGCCUCCGCAUACUGACCUCCACGUUGAAGGAUGUCCCGCCCCUGGACGCAGAGCUCCCAUCGGGAUGUUCAAAUUAGCCUGAAUGACAGCGAAAACAGCCAAUGAGACCCUUUCAACACUUGAUACUCAACUUUCUGGGUUAUGUACGUGAUUGUGUGUGUGUGUGUGUGUGCGUGCAGGCUCCUGCUGUUUCCUCAAAACCCGAUGUUUUGAUUAUGGCCACUGCUUCCUCGUUAUCAUCAUGUCCCUAAAAAGGGACUUGUGUUUUUAUGAAAAUUGGGAGACACAUGCUUAAACACAGACAGACAGACACACACACACACACACACACACACAUGCAUGCACACACACACACAAGCCCGUUCAGCUAUCUUAGUGAGGACCUUCAUUGACAUAAUGGUUUCCCUAGCCCCUUACCCUAACCCUAACCAUUAAAAAUGAAUGCCUGACCCUUACCCUAAACCUAACCAUAACCUAAUUGUAACCCUGACACUAAAACCACAUUUUGAGCCUCAAAAAGGCCUUCAAACUUGUGAGGACAGGUGUGUGUGUCCUCACAAGUGACUGUUGGUUCUCACAAGUAUAGUAGAAUGCAGAUUUCAGUCCUCACAAAGAUAGCUAGACAGGAACACACACACGCACACAGAUAAGAACGAUCUACCUGCUAACUCGAUGUUCUACUGCUGCCUGCCCCAACGCCCAACCACCUGGAUUUGAUGUGUUUUGUAUUUGUACUGUAAUGUAUUGUAUAUAAGCUCACAUUGUACAGCUGUACAGAGUGGGAGUGUGAUGUGUGUCAACGAUGUCUGUGGAUGUUGUUCUAUGAAAGAGUUAUAUAUUUUCCAGACGUUAAGGUUUUGAGAUUGGUGAGGGAAGGUAAAUCACCUCAUUCGCAGCAUGUUUGCUGAAGUUUGUAUCACUGUAACGUUGCUUUGGCUGGAAUCAUUUGCUGUCUUUGUGCUUGGCGUGCUGUCAGCAUUCAUGUCCUUGCACACCACUGGCACAACCCAAAGAUUAAAGGAAUAUUUUACCCCAGAAUGAAAAUUCAGUCAUUGCGCUUCAAAAUCCAUUUUCAAGAAAACAAAACCACAUGCUGUAAUUCAAUCUGAGCCUCCCAUGCAUAGGAAAAAAAUGUUUAUUGCAGCUCAGGCUUUUAUUUUUCCACUAGCCUUUAAAAGAUCAUAAAGUUUGAGAGCAAACCAGUAGAUUUACCUGAUUUAUUUGGAUACGAAAAUGCCCAGUUGAUCCCCAUGAACCAUCUCAGUUUCAGUUUAUCUUUGUAGUUAUGUAGUUUUGUUUAUGUAUUUGACAAUAAUAAUUUUAAAUGUCCGCUAGUAUCAGCUUUCCCCCCCUGAUUUCCUGUGACAGUAAACUUAACAGCUUUAGACAUUUGGGCAAAGCAGACCAAGCAUACAUAUCUCAGUAACCUGAUUUUCUCUCAAAUUUUUUAAGAAAAAUAACAAAACUAUUAAUGAUUCAAGUAAGUUUUCAUAGUACUCCCAGUAAUUUGAUGAAAGAAAGUAAUAUAACAUGAAGUGACAUAAAGUCAGCCAACUAGACUGAGCUCCCACAUAACAUGGGGACUGAAAUUUUAAGCCACAUUUGGCCAACUGAAAAACCAUUAUAGCAAUUCGCGUUUAGCUUUUCCGACUAAUGAAUUGAGGUUUAGAUAAACAUAAAUGAAAUAUGUAUCUGAUUGCA